CUUUUUCGAACACAGCUGGGAUUCUUUGUUUCUAACUUCUAGGUUUGGUUUCAUGGCAAUAAUUUGAAUGUCCUUGUUUCAAAGAAAAAAGUGGCUAAUUAUCCCCUAAAUCAAAUGGCAACAGAGAGCCCUAUGAGGAUGGUGGAAAGCGGUGGAGCUAGAAAUUGGCCUUCUUCCAAAGAUUCUGUAAUGUGUGGUUCCCAAUUGAAGAAUAUGGCAGCAGAGGAAUUGGGAUUGCUUCUGAAGGGGCACAGAUUUCAUGGAGACCAAACGGACAUGAUUCCGAAUCGAAGUGGUAGUGCGCCACCAAGUAUGGAGGGGUCAUUUGCAGCUAUUGGAAACCUUUUAGCUAAACAGAACUCUGGUCUGAAUUUAGGCUUAAGAGAUGAUCUUGGACAUUUUGAAUCUGAGGAGCAACUGCGUUCUGAUCCAGCCUAUUUUGCGUAUUACUGCUCUAACGUGAACUUGAAUCCACGACUUCCUCCACCUCUUAUGUCACGAGAGAAUCGGCGCUUGGUACACCAUAUUGGUGUGUCUGGCAAUAUUUGGAGGUCUACUGCAUUAGAUGAUAAGGGCAAUGGAACCUUGCAUCUGUCUCGAAGUUCUCUUUCUACUCAUAAGGAGGAAUCAGAGGAUGAUAGGUCUCCCAGACAAGCUUCAGACAACUGGGCAGAAAACAUUCCUGCAUUCAUGUCAGGACAGAAAACAGCUUUGGUUGGCCGACACAAAAGUUUGGUUGAUCUGAUACAGGAAGAUUUCCCUCGUACCCCUUCUCCUGUAUAUAAUCAGUCUCACUCCUCAAGCCAUGCAACGACAGAUGAACCAACUGAUCAUGAUGUCCAUGCAGUUACUUUGGAUGUUUCUGCUAUUAACCUUUCAGAAGUACCAGGAUCAAGUGGCUCUACUGAUGUUUGUGUGGAUAUAUCUGCCUUAGAUUCACAUGAUAUUGCAUUAAUAUCCAAAAAUGACCCUCUAGCAACGUCUUUUUCUAGUUCAACAGGUCCUGAUGGAGCAGGGUCCUCUCAGAACUCACAAAUUGAUGAUACAAACACUAAAACUGCUGGAUUAGAGGAUGAUGUGUCAGUUAUUGUUGCCUCUCAUUCGGAUAGAAUUAGGAAGAAACAAGAAGAGCAGCAGUAUCAUGGGAGAAUUAUGCUGCAACAGUACCCGUCUGCACAACAAGGCACACCAUAUCAGGUUCAUGGUCAAACAGCAUCACCAGGAAUGAAUCAUAUCCAAAGUGGCAUGGAGAAACACUCCCAUGGUCAUGCCAAGUUCUCUUCUAUUGAGGUACAACCAUCAAUGCAUUCCCCUGGUCUAACUACUCCCUUGUAUGCGACAGCGGGAACCUAUAUGCCAUCAGGAAAUCCAUUUUACCCUAAUUUUCAGCCAUCUGGUGUGUAUGCUCCACACUACAAUGUUGGUGGAUAUGCUCUGAAUUCUGCAUUUCUCCCCCCAUUUGUUUCUGGAUACCCUACCCAUGGUCCUGUUCCUAUGCCAUUUGAUGCUACUUCAGGUCCAAGCUUUAAUAUUCAAACUACUGGCAUUUCAACAGCAGAAAGCAUACCACAUAUGGGUGAUUUGCAACAUCAGAAGUUCUAUGGACACCAUGUAAUGAUGCUGCAACCUUCUUUUGUGAAUCCUCUUCAAAUGCAAUACUUUCAACACCCUUUUGGGGAUGCAUUCAGUGCUUCAGUUCAACAUGUUAGGUUGCCAUCAAGUAAUGGUAGUGGGGCUCAGGUUGAUUCUUCUAUACAGAAAGAGCCACGUUCUGCUGCUUAUAUGGGUGAUCAGAAACUUCUGUCUUCACCAAAUGGGAGUUUGGGUAUUCCAAAUCCUAGAAAACUGGGAACCAGCGUUGGUGGUUAUUAUGGGGGUCCUCCAGGCAUGGGUGUGAUGGCGCAAUUUCCAGUGUCGCCUAUUUCUAGUCCAGUGUUGCCAUCAUCACCAGUUGGUGGAACAACUCAUCCAGGUCGGCGAAAUGAUCUAAGGUAUCCUCAGGGUUCACAUAGAAAUACAGGUAUUUAUCCUGGAUGGCAAGGGCAGAGAGGAGUAAACAUCUUUGAUGACCCCAAGAGGCAUUCAUUUCUUGAAGAACUGAAAUCCAGCAAUGCGCAAAAGUUUGAGCUCUCGGACAUAGCGGGGCGUAUAGUAGAAUUCAGUGUGGAUCAACAUGGGAGUCGAUUUAUUCAGCAGAAGCUGGAGCACUGCAGUGUUGAAGACAAGGUUUCCGUUUUUAAAGAAGUUCUUCCACAUGCUUCAAAAUUAAUGACUGAUGUUUUUGGGAAUUACGUUAUUCAAAAGUUUUUUGAGCAUGGAAGUCCUGAGCAGAGGAAGGAGCUUGCAGACAAACUUGUUGGCCAGAUGCUGCCUUUAAGUUUGCAGAUGUAUGGCUGCCGUGUGAUACAGAAGGCCCUUGAAGUCAUUGAGCUUGAUCAGAAAACGCAGUUAGUCCUUGAGCUUGAUCAGAAAACGCAGUUAGUCCUUGAGCUUGAUGGGCAUGUCAUGACAUGUAUAUGUGAUCAGAAUGAGAAUCGUGUGAUACAGAGUGUAUAGAAUGUGUACCAACAGAAAAAAAUUGGAUUUUUAGUUGCCACACUUUCUACACAUCCAUAUGGUUGUCGUGUUAUUCAGAGAGUUUUGGAGCAUUGUUCAGAUGAACAACAAGGUCAAUGUAUAGUGGAUGAAAUUUUGGAAUCUGCUUAUGUUCUUGCUCAGGACCAGUAUGGGAACUAUGUUACCCGGCAUGUUCUGGAGAGGGGAAAAUCCAAUGAAAGAAGCCAAAUUAUCAGCAAGUUGGCUGGAAAAAGUGCAUCAAAUGUUGUUGAGAAGUGUUUGGAGUAUGGUAAUGCUGCAGAGUGGGAGCUUUUGAUUGAGGAGAUUGUUGGGCAAUCUGAAGAAAAUGGCAAUUUAUUGAUAAUGAUGAAGGAUCAAUGCUAUGUGGUAGUAUUGAUCAAUUGCAUAAAGGUUCAUUGUCAAACUCUGAAAAAAUACACUUAUGGGAAGCACAUAGUUGCUUGGUUUGAGCAACUUUAUGGUGAAGAAAGCCAAGCCUCAGAAACUUCGGAUGGAUAG